GGCCAGGCCAGGCCACCAGCACCCAGGGCUUCCCUUCUCUGCGCCGGAGCCAGCCCCACCUGAGCUGUCCGGCCAGGGGAGGGGCGGGGCCUGCAGUCAGUUGGCCCAGUGCGGGACCCUGAGGGGAGGAGGGAGGCGGGUGCUCUUAAGGCGGGUCUGAGGUGAGCUGCGCCUCCCCUGACUGCUCACCUAGUCCGUCUCUGAGAGGUCUCGAUCCCAGGAGCCGGGAGUGAACGCAGCUGCCUGUCUGCCCUGGACACCAGGUCCUGGGAGCUCCUGGUUGGCAGGUGACAUCUCCGGGAUAUAAGCGAGGCUGAUCAGAAGCUGGAGGUAAACUGCGGGACACUGCCCCCGCCAUGUCACAGGUGAUGUCCAGCUCCCUGCUGGCAGGAGGCCACGCAGUCCAUCUGGCUCCCUGUGAAGAACCCAGGAGGGCCCUGCACCCAGCACCCAGCCCCAACUUGCCGGUGAUGCCGCAGUGUCCUUACUAUACCACACAAGGCUGGGGGACGCAGACGCUGAUGGCCCCCACGCCCUGCAAGGAGCCCCACAACAGGCUCCAGCAGGCCCCCCCGGCCGGAGCCAAGGCCAGCGGCCUCCUACCGCCCCUGGGUGAGCAGACCUCAGGCGCCCUGGGUGACCUGGACUCCUACAUUGACCUCUCCCUGGAGAGCCUCAACCAGAUGAUUCUGGAACUGGACCCCACCUUCCAGCUGCUCCCCCCAGGGCCUGGUGGCCCCUGGGCUGAGCCCACCCAGAGCGCCUCCCCGAGGAGAAAGAAAGAGGAACCUGAAGGCUUGGAUAUCAAGUACAUCGAGGUCACCUCCACAAGGUCAACGUGCCACGACGGCCCCCAGCGCUGCUCCAGCCCGUCGGUCAGCCCGCCGUUCGGCUCCCCACGCAGUGGCGGCCUCCUCCUUUCCAGAGACGUCCCCCGAGAGACCCGGAGCAGCAGCGAGAGCCUCAUCUUCUCUGGGAACCAAGGCAGGGGCCACCAGCGUCCUCCACCCGCCUCUGGGGCUGCGUCCUCUCACCCCCCACCCUCUCCUAGCAUCUCCAUCCCCUGCACAAGGAGCAAGGCCUCGGGCCCCCAUGGCCUGGGUUCCCCGCUGAAGGCUUCCGCAGGCUUGGAGAAGAGGCUGGGCGGCCCUGGCCCCCAGCAAGGCAGCAGGGGCUCCGCACUCUCAGCCAGCCCAGCAUCUGACGUCAGCUAUGUGUUUGGAAGCAGCCAGUCCCUCCUCCGCUGCAGCCUCUCCAGCCAACAGUCAUGCUCUAGGUCCUUGGAAAGCCCGGCCAGCUCUUCCUCCAGCCUCCACAACCUGGGCCCAGCGUCCCUGUGUACAAAAGCCUGUGACAUCCAGGUCCCCAGCAAUACCAUCGCAGGCGUGGGCCGGCCCAGAGCCACCUGCUCCCCACCACUGGCCAAGGAACAUGCCAGCAGCUGCCCCCCAUCCAUCGCCAACUCCAUGGUGGACAUACCCAUCGUGCUGAUCAACGGCUGCCCGGAACCAGGGUCUCCCCAACCCCAGGGGACCCCAGGACACCAGGACUCCGUCCGAUCUGGGGCUGCUUCUGCCAGCAACCCUUGUCCGGCCACCAGGAGCCACAGCCAGUCCCCGCCAGAAGCCUCUCCCGCCCCAUCCCCAGAAGGCACAGGUGCCGCCCGGGACAUGCAGCCCACCAUGAAGUUUGUGAUGGACACCUCCAAAUACUGGUUCAAGCCGAGCAUCUCCCGAGAGCAAGCCAUCGAGCUGCUGAGGAAGGAGGGGCCGGGGACCUUCGUCGUGAGGGACAGCUCUUCCUACCGAGGCUCGUUCGGCCUCGCCCUGAAGGUGCAGGAGGCCCCCGCAGCUGCGCAGAACGCGUCAGGUGAGGACAGCAGUGACCUGAUCCGCCACUUCCUCAUCGAGUCCACCGCCAGAGGGGUGCAUCUCAAAGGGGCGGAUGAGGAGCCCUACUUUGGGAGCCUCUCGGCCUUCGUGUGGCAGCACUCCAUCAUGGCCCUGGCCCUGCCCUGCACGCUCGCCAUCCCGCAGAAAGAAUUGGGAGGUGCAGACGGAGCCUCAGACCCCUGGACAGACAGCCGGGCCUCCUGCCCGAAGAAAUCUGCGGGCUGCCAUGCCCUCUACCUGAGUUCCGUGAGUGUGGAGACCCUGACCGGAGCCUUGGCCAUACGGAAGGCUAUCUCGACCACCUUGGAGAGGGACGUCCUCCCCACACCCACCGUGGUCCACUUCAAAGUCACCGAGCAGGGCAUCACCUUGACCGACCUCCAGAGGAAGCUGUUUUUCCGGCGCCAUUACCCCCUUGCCACCCUCCGCUUCUGUGGCAUGGACCCCGAGCAGCAAAGGUGGCAGAAGUACUGCAAGCCCUCCCGGAUCUUCGGGUUUGUGGCCAAGAGCCAGACGGAAUCACAGGAGAACGUGUGCCACCUCUUCGCAGAGUAUGACACGGUCCAGCCGACCUCCGAGGUCAUCGGCCUGGUGAACGCUCUGCUGCAGGACGCAGACAGAGUGUAGAGGGGAGCCCCCUGCGCGUGUCCCCGGAUCUCCCAAGGCACUCGCUCAGAACUCCUCUCUGCCCCUCCACACGCUGCUGCACCACGCUGACGGACCGGUGUACUGAACUGAAGGAGACUGGUACUCAGUGGAAACCUUUGAACCCCCCUGUGACCUUCAGCAGUGACCUUCAUUCAAACCCCCCUGGGCCUCCGUUUCCCCAUCCAGGAAAGGAGGCCAAUAGGACCCACUGUUCUUCCGAGACUUUGGUGGGCGUCUGAACACGCUCCCUGCGGUUCUGAAGCGCAGCCAUCUCUGAGGCCCCCACGUGCAAACAGCCUCUGGGGACGCCCGGCCCCAUCAGCCUGGACGCCAGAGGCCUGCGCCCCUGUUCACUGCAGACAGCAGGGCUGGGUCGUUAGACCACGGGGCCCUGGCCAGGGGCCGCUGGCCUGGGAGCAGGUGGAUGCAGGGUGUGCUGACUCUCUUUCCCUCCACAUCUGUUCCUUUCCGCAUUUCCCCAAAGGCUUCUCGGGCAGCUGUUCCCAGGACAAAGCUGAAUUCUCUGGCCCGGGUUCUUCCCGCCAGGAGGCCAUGGCUGCUAGGGCAGCUCAGCCAGGGCGGACUUGUCCCCAUGGUCAGAGCGGACCCAGCUGUCCUCGCGUUCUCGAUGUCUAAUCCCCUCCACUGCAAAUUAGUGUCAAAGCCCCAUCUUUUCAGUUUUUGGAAAGCCAGUGUCCUCCUAUUGGUGCUACAGCGGUCCCAAAUGUUGCCAGUGUGACCACAUCUGGAGUGGGGACAGAGAGACCCCUCCAGAACAGACACAAGGAAUGGAUCUCUCUAGUUCUGCCUCAGCCCCAGUCUUUCUGAGUCCCCCAACCCCCAACACACCCACAGACACAGACACACACACCCCACUCUACGGUGGUGUGGCGACAACUAGCCCUACAGCCACAGGGGGGCAGCAGAGAGUCAGGAAUGCAGCCAGGCCUCCACUCCAAGAAGCUCGGAGAAGCUGGGCGGCCAUUCCCGCCCCACCCCCACCCAGCCUUCCAGAAAACUGGGAUAGUUUGUCUGGCAGGCCUGGGGUCCUAAGGAAGCCACGCCAUGAGGGCGGAAGGCGGGGCUCAGAGAAGAAGCCCACGUUUACUCUAUGAAGACAAGUACCUGCUGUCUUCUAACCGGGGGCCCAGCUAGAGCAUCAUUAUUUUUGGCCAAAGUUGGGCCUCACAGAUUACGAUUUCAACCCAGGAAACCAAACCAGACUGAAGUGGCCCUGAGCUGGUGGACCGGCUGAGACCGGCCCACCCAGCCUGCGGUCUGGCACCGCUCCACCACCAGAGGCUGCAGAAUGUUAGGCAAGGUUCUCAAGGUCACAGUGCCAGAAUCCUCAAGGUCACGCCCAGGGGCAAGGGGCGGGGGAAGUAGGAGCUGGCAGAGAGCCCUCCACAUGCUCCUGGGUGCCUGUGUCGCUCCCAUCACGGAAAAUAAAGUGUCUGUCUUUGCACAA